CUUAACAUCGCUCAAUCUGGCCUCCGCUGUCUCGGCUAUCUGAUUGGCUACCUGGUUGAAACUAAUUCCAGUAGUCCUCUUCUUCUUUCCGCUGUGCAACUACUUGCUAAGGGUAUGCGUCAUGACUCCACUGACAUUCGACUCCUGACCAGUUUUGUAGCCGGUCAUAUCUCUUGGCGCACUCGACUUUCUGCCCGCGGUUGCAAAUCUGACGUGGCCGCAGUUGCUGCUGUCAGCGACUCUGUGAAAUCUGAUCUGUCCACUGCUAGUACAGCUGUUCUAGUCACUACUGGUGGGGAUUGGCUUAAGUGUCUGAUAGGUCUACUUGUUAACGGAACUCGAGAGCGGGCUGGCCCCGUGAGACUGGCAAGUGAAACGGCAAUCGUUCUGCUCUGCCGACUUGGCGCCCCGGGAGCUGGAGAAGGCGCUGCGGUGCAAGUGAGUUUGUUCGAUCCUCCAGUAAUUUAUCUAUCUGUCGCCCCACGUAUGUGA